AUGGGGGCUCUUACAGAGACUGGUUCAAAGAGAGCCACAUGGUGUGUGUUUCCCCAACGGUUCGUUUGCCUCGGUGUCGACCUCAUUGACGACUCUACGGAAGAUGACGACUCCCUCUAUAGAGAUCCCAAUAAACGUCCGCCGCCAUCGGUUCCAGCGGCUCGACUCUCUCCGUCAGUGCCGCUGAGCUCAAAGCCCCAACCGACGCGCAGCAAGUCGAUACAGACGGACUUGUCGACACAGUCUAAGGAAGAUUCUUAUGUUAUCGGCACUAAGAUUGAGCACACGUCGCUCGACUGGGGUGGUGGUUUUCCUGGAAGCCAUGACUUUUACCGCACUCGCGACCAAUCAGAUCAGGAAAUAUUCACCCUGAAGCCGAACGUCAGCGCUGGAAAGUCACGCAACAAGAGAAAGUAUUCGGUGCUGAAGAUCGUGUUAUGGCGAGGAAAUCCUGCUAGGGCUCGUCAGGUUAAGGUGACGUGCUUACACGAUCAGAGCCUAAGGCGUCUUACUGCAGGGCCCUUGAACUACGCGAUCAGCUCUAGUCUGCUGGCACUGCGUCGAUUCUACACUCGCCUAUGCGUCUAG